UGUCGAGCUGGGCUGUUAGGGUGUGGGUCACACACUGUAUGUCAGGCUGUACUGCCGGUGUGUCGGGCUGUACUCUGCCUGGCCGCCCGACGCGGUUGAACCCGCGUGUGCGCGCUCCCGCCCCCGCUCCCUUGCGCUACGUGGCUGGACAGGAGCUGAGCGGGAGCGACGGCUGUGGGAGCGGACGGCGGUCCGGAUCCGAACCCGGCGACAGGCGGCCUGUGUGGAUCAACCGUUGCUCUAGGCCUGAAAACCACUGGGUGCUUUAAUAAAACAUGAUAGAAAGGAAAUUUCUAGCUGCACAGCAACGAAAGCUAUGUGCACGGAAGCAUUUCGGUCACUAAGCAGCUACGCACCCACGCAGUGAAGUGGGAAGAGUGCCUACAAACACACCUGCCUCUGGGACAGAGAGACCUAGGAGAGUAGUACAUGGCUCCCUGACAGUCGCAUCACAGCAUCCCAAUAGUAAAGAGUGGUCCUGAGGUACCACACGUCAGCUACGUGAUGGAACAAAGCUGAUAGAUCUCCAAAACAACAAUGGACGUACAGGAAUCAGGAAAGUCCAAAGAUGAGAAAGUAUUGGAAGAAAAGGAGGGGCCAAAGAAUGACCUGUGGAUGCUGAAUAGCACCCCGCUGGACAUCAUUGACAUUGGAAAAGGGUUGAAGAUGCAGUCAGAGAGACCCCACCUCGUGAGUCUGGGGCGCGGCCGACUGAGCAUCGCCAUCACACUCAUCCCAAUUAAUGAAGGCAAGACGAGGAUUGGCACUGAAGAUGCUGCCACUGUGCAGGAUAUUAUACUACAAGGGCAGGAUGUGGCAGCCGAACACUGCUACAUCGAAAAUGAAGAGGGUGUGAUUAAGCUGUACCCAUGCGGCAACUACUGCACCAUGGAUGGCUACCUGGUGAAGGAGCCCACACAACUGACCCAAGGCUGCAUUCUGUGCCUGGGCCAGUCCAACUACUUUCGCUUCAACCAUCCUGUGGAAGCAAAGCGGAUAAAGGACAUGAAGCCUGACAGUGAGACCCUGUCCACACCUGGUUACUCCACAGGUCUUGCCAACGGCCAGGUCUUGGCACAGUCCCCGGCCCCGCGAGCGGCGAGCGGCGGAGGAGGUCUCCCGGAUGUCGAGGCCAAGUCAAUGAAGUCUACUCGCCACAGCCCAGGACCCGAGGGACAGGCUGCCCACGCUGCUGAUGGACGACCCUCUCUCGGCUCCCGGUUGGCCUCUCCUCCAAGCUCCUCUCCCCUGCUUCUGCAACCUGGUGACACCUCCCAGCAGCUCUUCCUCGCCAGCUCUCCUGUCCCACUGAGUUCCCCACGGAGCCCCUCCUCUCACCACCCUUGGGGGAGAUGGGGCCUGCCCAGAAGCCAAGAGCCCCUCUACGGCUGGGAUGACAGUAGGUGGCCAGAGAGGGCUGGCUGGAGCUCAGGUCGGGGGAAGGAAUCGGCCAGCAUGCCCUCUAGUCCCAGGAUGGGCCGCAGGCCGCAGCUGACACCAGGCCUCUCUGAUUAUUGGUACAUUGGGCAGGAGAGGGCUUCUGGGGCACUUCCUCGAGCCAGGCUGGGUGCUGGGGGUUGUCUGCAGCAGAUGGGGGUUCACAGCCGCUCACUGCCCAAGCUGCAUGGGGUGGCUGAGGCCCAGCUGGUCCCCUUCACCCCAGUCCCAUCCUCUAAAGGGCUCCCCGUCCACCCCUUCCCGAAGCUGGGGUCACGGCAGCUCCGGCCGGGCCUGGAGGCUGAGGGGGCAGGCUUCCUGAGGGGCAGCCCCGGGGCAGUCCUGGGCUCACUCGGGAGGGACAGUCCCCUGGGCCGCAGCCGCGUGAACAACGGGGGCCCCUUCCCAGGGUCAGAGCCUGCAGCUUGGAACUGGAGCCUCCCUGCCAGCCCACUGCACUUCCAGGGCUACGAGAGUGGGAGGCCGCUGGGCCGUUGUUCCCCCUCGCCCACCUUCCGUCAGCGUGCUGGCAGCAUCAGUUCCCUCAGGGGCAACGAGGAGGACCUGGUCGACUAUCACCAGCGGCAGAAGGACGAGAGGCUGCGCGAGCAGGAGAUGGAGCGUCUGGAACGCCAACGCUUGGAGACAAUCCUGAACCUCUGCACAGAGUAUAACAAGAUGGGUGGCUGCACAACUGGGGAGGCCGUGAGCAGCAUUGAGAAGAUCGGCGAAGAGCUGCACAGACUCUCGCUAACCCAGAGCAGAGGCUGCUCACCACAGCUGGAAUUCAGUUGCCGCAGUGGCACUGAGAGUGACACCAGGGCGAAGCUGAGAGCCUCACCAUGCCCCUCCUCUGUCUUCGAUUUCCCUCCGUCCGGGCGAAGGUCAAGGAGGAACUCUGGUUCCAUGGAUUCAGGCAGAUGUGAGGAGCUAAACCGCACACACCUGGGGCAGCAGCCUCGUGCACUGUCGUCUUCCAGUGCCGCAGAAACUUCUACCAAAUAUCCAGCUGUUUCCACCUCAUCCUACUGUCCGAAGCCCCAGCUCCAGCAAAAUGAUCUGGCUGACAGGUUAAAUCAGUUUGGGGAUGUUCGAGAAGGAGGUGCCGUAGUUCCGGGUAACAUGGAAGACAAGAUAUUGGCAGAGAUGAACAUGAAGGAAAGAUUUAACCAACUGGAUGAAGAAUGCAUGACUAUCCUAAACAAGGUGGAAGAGAUUAACCUGAAGAUCAAAGAGCUGGACAACCAAAUGGAAGAAUCUUCACAAGAGAUGGAGAUGGAACGAGCUUUAUUGGAAGCUGAACAAGAUUCAGAGAUGUCACAUGUUCAAUAUGAAAAGGAAGUGCUUGAACAACUACACAAAAAGAUGACUGACCUGGCGGAAGCUAGUCUUACACCUAAAAUGGCACAGGACGGCGAACAGAUGGAUGCUGAUGUGAAACGAUACGACGACCUGGAACUCCAGCAGCUGGAGCAGGAGAGUAGACUUGAGGAGGAGAAAGAAAUCCUCUCCAACCAGCUGCUGAGUGAGGUGUCUGAGUACCAGAAGAGCAUUGUCACCAGGGAGAAAAGGAUUGUGUCGUUAAGGAGUCAGGCCCAUCAGAUUGUGCAGCAAGCCCAGCUGGAGCACCAGCACUUCACACAGGAGAAGAACAGCCUGCUGGUAAUGCUGCAGAGAGAAAAAGAUAACCUGCUGAGCUUGGAGAAGGUCUACUGUGAAAACACUGGGGGGACCAGACUUCCUAUCAAUCCAAACAUACUCAAAGAGCCUUCAGCGUCAUUGCCUCUCUGUAAUGGACGUGGAUCCCCUCUGUACCUCUCCUCCUGCUCUGGGCCUGAACCAUCAGCAGAAGAUACAACGCCUAGUACGAAUGCUUCUUCUCUUCCUCCCUCUCCACUUCCAUCUGCACCACCUCUUCCAGCCAAAAAGCAUUGCCGACAAAAUCAGAGCUUCCACACUCUGGAGGACAGGAAGAAGCAGCAGAAAGAAGGUACUUACCAGAGUGACACAGUGCCAAGAAAGAAGACCAGCUCAGGUACUGUGUCGAGGUUCAGUAGUUCGACACUGGGCCGCAGUUCCACCCCUCAGAGUCACUUAACUCUGGUGCAAAGCAACAGCUGUGGCAAUAUUCCCCCUCACAACGCCACAGCAAGUGUGAAGGAGAUGGACAUUAGGAGGCUUCAAGGUCACAAAGGACCAGCCUUGCAUUCGAAGGGGAAUCGCAGGAAAGGACCCCGGCUUCACCGUGCCAAUGAGGAGCAGAGAGUGAAAUCCCAGGUCCAAGCUCGUAGUGGGCUGGAACACACCCUCUGUACUGACAAUGGUUGCAAGGACAGCACCUUUGAUGCCCUCAGCUUGGACAGCUCCGACAGUGCAGACACCAACUUGUCUGCGUGUUCCCCUGACAAUAUUUCCAGUGCCAGUACGUUCAAUGUUGCAAAACUUGAGGAAAUGGAACGUCUUUUGAAGGAGGCUCAGGCUGAAAAAGCGUGGCUCAUUGAGAGCAAAGAGCGGGAAAUGGAGGCGAAGAAGCAGGCAUUGCAAGAGGAACGAUUCCGCAGGGAGCAGCUGGAGAAAAGGCUCCAGGAGGAGACGGAACGCAGGCAGCAGCUGAUCGAGAAGGAAGUCAAAAUGCGAGAAAAGCAGCGAUGGCAGGCCAGGCCGCUGACUCGCUACCUCCCAGUCAGAAAGGAAGACUUUGACUUGCGAGCCCACAUCGAAGCAGCUGGACACAAUGUGGAGACUUGCUACCACGUGUCCCUCACAGAGAAGACCUGCAGAGGCUUCUUGAUCAAAAUGGGUGGCAAAAUUAAAACCUGGAAGAAACGCUGGUUUGUUUUCGACCGGACUAAACGGACCCUCUCCUAUUAUGCAGACAAACACGAAACCAAAUUGAAAGGAGUGAUCUAUUUCCAAGCCAUCGAGGAGGUUUACUACGACCAUCUGAAGAGUGCGUACAAGAGCCCCAAACCUUUGCUUACCUUCAGCGUGAAGACCCGGGACAGAAUCUUCUACAUGGUGGCACCAUCUGCUGAGACCAUGAGGAUCUGGAUGGAUGUCAUAGUGACGGGAGCUGAAGGUUACACCCAGUUCCAGCUCUAGAGGAAGCUUUCUGCCUUUAUAACCUUAUUCUGCAUGCAAAGUGUUUUGAAUUGUAUAUGAAACAAGGCUCUUUGCUACAGAUCACUGCUGGAGAUCUACCUAUGUUAUCUCGAACGUGUGACAAUCGUACACAGGUUAAAGUGUUACAGUAUUAACUUGCAUAAAUUGGAGCAAAGUUUGCUUUGGAUGUUCUGGAAGGAAAGGAGCCUUUGUGACUGAGAAGUACGCAGAUUAAGGAAUAUGCCUUGGUGUCUGGUUACAUGAGAUGAGUGAAUGAAGCCCAGUUUAUGGUCGGGGUGUGUGUGUGUGUGUGUGUGUAGCUCAGAGUACAUGUGAUAGCCAUGUCCAAGCACACGGCUGUGUCUCUGGCUGGCAUGAAUUCCUUUGUGCGUGGUGCAAUUUUCAGAAGAUAGUAUACCCUCAUGUGUCCCUGCUCUGACUUCAGUAUAUGUGCCUAAGUAUGCAGUGGUCCUUGUGGGGGUGUUGUAGCUGUACUGCCUGAGAGAGAGGGAGUGUUUGUGUGUGUGUAUGAGAGAGACUAUUCCAGCGUACACCCCCAGGUGAGUGUGGGUGUGCAAGCCCAGUCAAAACCAGCGAAUAUGCAGCUCUGCUUCAGUAUUUGUAACUUGCCCAGGCUGCCUUACCUCACCCCUAUGUGUCCCCGGUAUGCGGAGAACCUGGCAGCAAUCAGUAGAGAUGGAAAACUUGUUUAAAAAUGGUCAGAGAAGGUAGCCUUGCACGUUUUGAAAUCAUACUCUUCAGGACCACACAUUACACAGUGCAGAUGUUUCUGUAGUCAGGGCUUUCUCUGCAGUCUCCCAGGUGCCAAAAUUAGGCUGGAUCAGCAGAUCAGCUCUCUGCCACAGCUAAGGCAACCAGGGGACCCAUCCCCUGUGUGUGAAACAGCCCAGGAUCUGGACUGACAUGGCAUUGGUGAUUUGUCCAGCAAGAGAACUCUUAUUUUUGUUUCUUUAUUUUUUUAAAGUUUAAUUGUUAUUUUUAUUUAAACACCCUGUUUUUAAAUGAUAUUUGUAUUAUUGAAACUAAAGAUCAGGUAGCAGGAAUAAUCUUGCCAGCAGUUACUCUGGCACCUUGUGGGCAGCCUCUGUGGUUUUACAUUAAUAUUGCUUUCUGCUAAUGUGCAGAGUUUUCCAAAGGAAUGACUUAAACUCCAACAGAUACCUUUGUUAUCGCAAUCAGACUGACAGAAAUGUGUAACUGAUGGCAAACUGCCAGCAUAUCACAUUUCACUUUCUGAAAUCUGUUCCUUUACCCCUCUCAAAGCCACAAAAAAACAAUUGUAAUCCGCCUGAAGCCUUAGAAGUAUAGUAACUGACUUCAUUGUAUCCUGCAGUUAUAGUUCAUAUCUUAAACUAAACAGACAUUUCCAGAAUUCAGAGGUGUGGAAAGAAGUCAGAAGUUUUGGUUGAUGUUGUCAGUUGAUGUUAUAUUUAGGAAUCACUGUUGCCUCUACCAAGUGUUGACACUUUAUUCUCCAGUGGGAGAAUGAAGGAUGAGCAAUAUGUGGACUGUGCCUUUACGACCCAGAGCUUAUCAGACUCAGGUCUACAUGCCGAGCUGUGGAACUGGCCUCUCUCUUUCACAUCCUUGUCCACCUUGUCACCAGUAGUCUAUUUGCCACCCCAGCAGCAGAAAGUGUUGCAGAAUUCAGCUUUCUCCUUAGCUCAAAAGAUCACCAACAAUUUCUUAGUGCAAGGAUGGCCUAAUUUAAACUUUAUUUAGUAGCUUUUUAUUAAGUAUAUGGAGAAAGUGUUCAGUAUUAUGAAUAUAACUAAAAUCCAACUUGCGGACAACUGAUCCCAACUUCCAUAUUCCAUGAAAAGACACAUGUAAGAUCUUCUGAUCCCAGUCCAUUCAUCUUCCUUAGUAAGGCUCCCUCCCACCCACCACCCAUCACCCAUGAUGUCCAUUGAAUGGAAGUUCCUUAGCUUUGUCCCUUUCUGCCCUUUACUAUCCUUCUUUGGAAUCCUUUGGGGAGAGGCCAAUGAGGAUCAGUUGGCAUCACUGAUCUUGGGGCUUGAUGAGUGCAAGGUAUUUAAAUAGAGUUGAAAGCAGUUAAGGUGGUAAAUCUUACUUUGCCUGAUUCUUAAAUAAUGGGCAAAAUUUGUAUUCAGAUGUGUGUCAGAGAAUUUAUUUUAUCACAAAGCUUUUAACUAAUUUUAUCAUAAACAGCUGUUACCAGUUUAGUCAUUUUAACAGCUGCCCUGUGUACAUGCAUCUAAGCUCAUUAUUUAUUCUCUGUUACUUUAUAAUAUAUAUGGAAUUCUGUAUCUUGCACACUCAUGAUUAUUUCCUAUUUUAAAUGUCUUUAUAUGGUUGCAUUUUCUGAGGAAUCUAUAAAUUUGAAUAAAA